GCAGGAUGAAAGUAAUUUUUAAAGAUAAUCUACAACGUUAGUCGUACCGUUACCAGUGGCUGGUGCUUCCAGCAAGUGAAGAAUAAUACAAACAAAAAAGACAAAUGGCGCCGAAUUUGAGUUGAGAGUUUUUACAACUUUAAAAUGUUCUACAAACUCAUUACAAGCAUGUAGCACAUUUGGAAACUGCAUGUAAGUGGUCUGGAUGGAUAGAGAUUGUCCACACUGUGGAUGCCAUCACAAAGAUGUCAAAUUCAAGUCAAAGUUAAGAAGAAAGAGAUGUUUAGUCAACAAGAACCUUCAGAACCAGAUUGGGCCCAGCAGUACUAAAUGGUUUGAUAAUCUGACUGAACAGAGCAUUCAAAGAUGUUCUACAAGUCAAGGCAAAGCAUCAUGUGCACCAGCUGCCAUUGUAGAGAACUCUCCACUAUCAACACACCAUUCUUUACAGGCUAUGACCCCUGGAGGUGGAAACUUAACACCGCUGAGCACCUGGGCAGUGUUUGCGACUCAGGAUGCCAGCACACCCAGGUUUUCCCAUCCUCUGGUGGGCGUCAGCCCAGCGUUUGUGUCAACACCAAAGAUGGACACCAGUGUGAAUGUUUGUACGGACAUCAGCAAGGAGCUGGGAGUGGAUGAUUCUGUUAUAUCAUGGACCAGCUCCAUGGCAACACCCUGUCUUAAGAAUGACAUGACAGUCGACCUGCAUGAUGAUUGUGAAGAAAAUCCAGAUGAUAAGAUUGAAACCAUCACAAGAAUCAAGGGAUUCCCCAGAGUGUUGUUCACACCGGACAGAACAGGGUUGGAUUCGGAAGACUUCGCUCGUAUUCUUGAGGAGAGUCGAGAUAACGACAUGCUGGAUUCUUCUCCUUGUACUGAUACCAACCCAAGUAAAACUAGAACAGAGGUAUCACCAGUUAUUAACAAGAGAGUCAAAAAACGGUUAUCACUUGGCUCUAAACUUGUGUCUGGUACAGGAGAGACUACCCUAGAUAUGAAAUCUGGAUCACAAGUAAGUGAUGUGCAGAAUGGAGGAAUGCUAAGUCCAAGUUCUACCAAUUCUGUCAUUGUAUCAGUGCUGUCGCCAUUCUUUGACAGUCCGGCCUCUGAAAAGCAUCGCGCAGCACCCAAAGGAGUUAAGCGAAAAGCAUCCGAACUGAUUUCCAUAGAUGACGAGCAGAGAAUGUCUUUCAAUUCGGGAUCAUCGCCAUCUUUUAGUCAGACAGGACCGCAGUCAAUUCUCUCUUCUGCCACAAAACAUACAGUCUCCGAGAGAAAACGGGUCAGGUUUGCAGCUGAUGUUGAAAAGUCCGAAAAAAAUAGCCGCUCACUUAGAAAGCGAAAAUCGUUUUCCAGCAAGGAUGUCAGUUGUGUUGAGAUGGCUACGGAUAACCAGAACAUGGAGUGUUCUGAUUACUGUCCACUUGAUUAUAGUGCAAGCAGUGAUUUAGCUCUGAAAAUAGUCAACCUUAAUAUAAAUAACUCAUGUGUUUACUCCAAAAGAACAAGUGAAAAAUCUUUGAUAGAUAUUUUAUGUAAUGAGGAACUGGUUGAUUCUUCGUCUGUUUGUACUGAUGAUAGUUCUAAUAGAAUUAGUUUGGAAGAAAAGGAAGCCAAACUUAGUACUGAUACAGUAGAUGGCCUUAAAGGUCCAGAUAGGUGCAGUCAAGUUGGGUUGUUAUCUACCGAUAAUGAACAGAAAAGAGAAAAUCCCAGUGAAGUGGUUGUGCAAGCACAACUUUCCUCUGCUCCAGUUGGUGACUGUUCCCACACAGAUCAGAAUAAAUUGACGUCUGCUGAUGAGACAUCUGUCACUGGUGAUGAAUUAUUUUCCCAGGUGUCUGAAUCUGUUUGGAAUGAAAUGUGUCAAAGUUCUAACAAAGAAACAACCAAACUGGACCGUGAAGUUUUAGAUACUGAUUUUCUCACACUUGAGUCUUCUGAAACGGUACUAGAAACCAAACCAAAAGAUUCCAGUGAAUGCAAAAGUAACAUUCCUGAAACAAAGAUGCAUCAAGAUUUAAAAUCGUCAAAUGACCCUCCGAAAAAAGCUAAAAGUAAAGAUACAAGUCUGCGAUUAUCUAGGACUCGUAAAUUCUUGUAUCCAUCUGGCAGUCAAAUUAGUCAUGUGUGUCCAGAGAGCAUUUUUAACUUCCACAACAUGAAACCUGAAAGAAAUAAAAAGCCUGACGAUGUCAGUUCAGCCACUGAUGUUACAGAUCGAAAACAGCAUGAAAAGGAAAAUAUACCAGUAGAAAAAGAAACUGACAAAAACAAUGUCUUAUGCGAGGAUGGAUUUUCUUUGCAGCCAUCUGUUUCACCCAGAAACCAUGGAUCUAGCAACAAGAUUCAGCUUAAGAAAAACAUGGAGCAUGAUAUCCCAGUAGCCAAAGCUGUACCACGACGAAGGAAUUAUAUUGAAUUUAAAAAGUUUUCCGAGAUGUUUGCUCCUGACAUGACAGAGAUGGAUAUGCAUUUAAGGGAGAUCAAUGAGCCUCUGAUAUCAUCUGUCAGUCGGGUGACACCUAAAAGCAAAUCUUCCAGCAACUGUGAACUAGAUAGUUAUUCCACACUAAAGGGGAAUGUGAAAGAUGAUCAUCUAAACAGCGAUGUCUUGGUGGAAUGUAAGGCUCAAACUGUGGAGACUGUUAGGCCGAGUUCUGGGUUUUUGUCAGCUGAUGAACUCUGCGGGAGUGAGGAACCCGAGGAGAAGAAUGACUAUGAUUUCGACAUGAACACACAAGAGGUGGAAAACUUUGUCAAAGAUGCCUUUCUGGAUGACAUGGAAUUUUCACAGAUAGCUCCAAUAGAUAAAAAUGGCACUGUUAAUGAUGACAAAGAAACAACUUGUGAUAAUAGUGUUGUAGACAAUCAGCUAAUUAACAAAAGUGGUUUAAUCGAGGACGGAGAAACUCCAGAUAAAUGUAGUCAGAAUGUUGACAACGGUUUGAAUGAAACAACAUCAAGACUGACCCUUUCUUCCUCUGCUGAUAUUCAGUCCAAAGUUGCAAGUUCAGAGACUAGUAAAUGUUUUUACAAUGCUGUUGAUGGUGAGGUUGCUUUCAGGUGUGUUGGAAGCAGUACUGUCUGUAAAUCUGAAUCACAUCCCAUAGUAGUUAAUAAAACGUGUUCUAUUGAUGAUACAGUCAGUCAGAGAGUUCAGUUUCCAACAGCAGAUGACCCGUGUGGAGUACGGGACAAUAUACCUGACUUGGUAAAAAAUGAAUUGGAACAUCUGAAGUUCAGAGGUUUUAAUGAAGUAUCUUCAUUUUCUACAGCUCAUGGUAAAACUGUCAAGUUAAAUCAAAGUGGUUUACAAAAAGCUCAGACAUUCUUAGAGUGUGAACAGAACAAAUUUGGAUCACUGAAGUGUUUGGACCCAAAUGAAGGAUCUCUUCCUUCAUUUUCUACAGCUAGUGGUAAAGCUGUCACAUUAAAUCAAAGUGCUGUACAGAAAGCUCGAACAUUGUUCGAGUGUGAAGAGAACAAAUUUGCAACUAUGAAAGAUUUGGACCCAAAAGAGGGAUCCUUACCUUCAUUUUCUACAGCUAGUGGUAAAGCUGUCACGCUCAAUCAAAGUGCUUUACAGAAAGCUCGAACAUUGUUAGAGUGUGAACAGAAUGAAUUGGCAUCUUUGAAGUCUUUUGACCUCCAUGAAAACUCUUGCCCUUCAUUUUCUACAGCUGACAGUAAAGCAAUGAAGUUCAACCAAAAUGAUUUGCAGGAAGCUGAAUGUGAACAAAAUGAACUGAAAUCGUUGAAGUGUUCUGAUGUCCAUGAAAAAUCUUUCCCUUCAUUUUCUACAGCUAGUAGUAAAGCUAUGGAAAUCAAUCAAAGUGUUCUGCUGAAAGCUCAGACUUUAUUAGAGAGUGAACAAAAUGGACUUGGAUCACUGAAGGGUUUGGACGCAAUCGAAGAUUCAUUUCCUUCAUUUUCCACAGCCAGUGGUAAAGCUAUGAAGUGCAACCAAAAUGCUUUACAGAAAGCUAAAACUUUGUUAGCUGAUGAUGUGAAAAUCUUGAAUCAGACUGAUUGUUCUAGUCCAGCAUUUUCGUCUGUUAGUCAUACACAUUUGAAAGAAAAUAAAGGCUUGGUUAAUAAGACUGAAGGUAUUAACAGAACAUCAGAAAACGAUCACAGUGGAAAUAGUACAACAAGUGAGGGUCAUGUAGGUUCUGAAUCUGGUGGCGAAAUAAAUAUGGUUGUUAAAAGUAAAAAUGUCCUGCAUGUGAGAGAAACAGAUAUGUCCGAUAAAGAGAUAACUGAUCGGUUGGACACAAGAGAUUCCAAAAGUGUGGAUAAUUUUGAGGAAAUACAUCACAGUAUUCUUGUCGAUAAAAAUAAAUGUACAGCUGCCAAACACACCUCGACUAUCUUGUCAAAAGAAACUGGUCCUGAGAACAAAUGUGAUUUCAAAACUUGUUUUGGAAAGGAAAAUAUCAGAACCACUUCUUUCAAAUCUGCUAACCCAAUGUUGAAGCCAAAAGGAUUUAGACCUUUCAAGAAACCUAAGCGAAUUUCAGUUCAAAAACCAAGAGAAGUUGAUUCAUCUAAGAAGACUACUGAUAAUAAUAAUCAUGACAGAAUGGCAAUUGAAUAUGGACAAGACAUUAAACAGUUGCAAACAAAAAUUCCAGAUCCUCAAUAUGAAGAGAAUGUAAAUUCUGAUGUGAGUGAAAGUGAGAUGAGUGAAAUGAUGCUUAAAGAAUUUUCCCAUGACAUUUUCUCACAGUGUCCAAGUCAAGGCUUCUGUUCCCAAAAUACCAAUCCGACCGCAGUUGAAGAUACAUCAUGCCAGAGUGAAAAGAGUUUACUGGUGAAAGAUUACAUGGUUGGAUCACCAACUAACUGCAGUUUAACAGAAGAGUCACCUGGUUCUCCAUCUAGACAUAGUAACUCUGAAGUUUUUUUUGGAUCCAAGUCUGUCAUACAGAUGCUGGACAUUAAUGAAAAGGAUGGUGAAUAUGGCGCAACAAAGAAAUCUAAUUGUAAUCAAGCAUCUAAAGUCCAGAUAACAAUGACUUCAAAUGAUUUUAAUGAAAAAUAUAAAGGGAACAAAAGUGAUAAAAUCCACAAAAAUAUCCUGCAUGAAGAUAAAAUAAAGACACGAGAACAACAGAUUUCAGAACCAGAAUGUUUUCUGGGCCAAGGUUUUCAGUUGGCAUCUGGUAAAAAAGUCCACAUUUCUGAACAAUCUUUGCUGGAAGCUAAGAAUGUUCUGGCUGAUAUGAAUUACGGGCCUAAUUUGGAAGCAACGUUGCCUGAGACAGAGAUAUCUGAUUUAGAAAUGAAUGAGUUUGUAGACAAUCAGAUAUCUGCAUUGACCAAAGACAACUACAGUGACUUACGUAGUGAAGAUGUAUUAUCAAAACAAGACACCAAAGAUGAGACGAAUACCUUUCAGCAUCUACAUCAUCUUCUGACUGAUGAUACAUUAUUUGAGGAUGAUAUAAAUGACGACUUAGGAAAGGCUAUAGCUGUAUCUAAUUCUAAAGAAUCACUUAAGCAAGCAAAGUCUUUGUGGAAAGAUGAAAAUGGUGUAUCUACAAGUAAUGUGGUACAGAAUGCAACAACAGGCUUUUUUCAGACAGCAUCAGGCAAACAUGUAACUAUAUCUGAGGAAUCGCUGACCCACGCAAAAUCUUUAUGGAAAGAUGAAUCUUCAAAUAAUGAGAUGCCUAAUUUUCGACCAGGCUUUUUUCAGACGGCGUCAGGCAAACAUGUAACUAUAUCUGAGGAAUCACUGACCCAUGCAAAAUCUUUAUGGAAAGAUGAAUCUUCAAAUAAUGAGAUGCCUAAUUCUCGACCAGGCCAUUUCCAAACAGCAUCAGGCAAAGAUGUUUCAGUUUCUAAAGCAUCAAUUGACCAUGCAAAAUCCCUCUGGGGAGAUGAAUCUACAGGUCUGCAAGUACCUACAGGUCAAGAUAUUUCUAAUGCACCAACAGGUUGUUUUCAGACAGCAUCAGGAAAGGCUGUAUCUGUUUCUAAAGAAUCCCUCAACCAAGCAAAAUCUUUGUGGAAAGAUGAAUCUAGUGUAUCUGCAGAUAGUGUGAUACCUAAUAAUAACUCAACAACAGGCCUUUUUCAGACCGCAUCAGGCAAAGAUGUUACUAUAUCUGAGGAAUCACUUAAGCAUGUAAAAUGUUUAUGGAAAGAUGAAUCUUCAAAUAAUGACAUGCCCAAUUCACAAACAGGUUUUUCCCAUACAGCAUCAGAUGUAACUGUAUCCAAAGCAUCACUUGACCAUGCACAAUCUUUAUGGAAAGAUAAAUCUAAACAACAAGGUCAUGGAAUUUCUAAUGCACCAACAGGCCUUUUUCAAACAGCAUCAGGAAAAGCUGUAACUGUUUCUAAAGAAUCCAUUACUCAUGCAAAGUCUCUGUGGAAGGAUGAAUUUAAUACACCCACAGGUAAUGAUAUACCUACUUUAACAGCUGGUCUUUUUCAGACCGCAUCGGGCAAGGAUGUAACUAUAUCCGAGGAAUCAAUUACUCAUGCAAAAUCACUGUGGAAAGAUGAAUCUGUAAAUAAUGAGUUACUUGAUUCACAAACAGGACUCUUCCAAACAACAUCAAAUAAAGUUGCAACACUAUCCAAAUCAUCACUUAAUCACGAAAAAGCUACGUGGAAAGAUGAAUCUCAAAUACAUACAGGUCAAGAUAUUUCUAAUGCACCAGCAGGCCUUUUUCAGACAGCCUCAGGAAAGGCUGUAGGUGUUUCGAAAGCAUCACUUGACCAUGCAAAGUCUUUGUGGAGAGACGAAUUUAGUGUACCUACAGGUAAUGAUAUAUCUGGCCUUUUUCAGACAGCAUCGGGCAAAAAUGUAACUAUAUCUGAAGAAUCACUUAACCAUGCAAAAACUCUAUGGAAAGAUGACUCUUCAAAUAUUGAUAUACCGGUACUUAGUUCAAAAGCAGCACUUUUCCAAACAGCAUCAGGAAAAGAUUUUACCAUAUCGGAAGAAUCUCUUAACCGUGCAAAAUCUCUAUGGAAAGAUGAGUCUAAAGCAUCAGCAGGUCAAGAUGUCUGUAAUGCACCAACAGGCCUGUUUCAGACGGCGUCCGGUAAAGAUCUAACUGUAUUCAGAUCAUCACUUGAUCGUGCAAAAUCUUUGUGGAAAGAUGAAUUUAGUGUGCCUACAGAUAAUCCUAUGAUUUCUUUGCAAACAGGUGUUUUGUUGUCUGCACCAAUCAAGAAUGCUACUGUUUCAAAGGCACCAGUUAGUCGUGCAGAACCUGUUUGGAAGAAAAACACUUCUUCUGUCUUGGAUUUCAAUAGACCAGCUGAUGGAUCUUGCAUGUUUCAAACCGCUUUGGGCAAGACAGUCAGUGUGUCAGAAACUGCACUGCACAAAGCUAAAGGUCUGUGGGAAGAAAAUGACUCCAUUAAUUCUGGUUCUGAGGUUGUCAAGCAUCAUGUUUGUUUCAAACAGCUGCUGGAAAAUCUGUUGCGGUAUCUCACAAAGCACGCACAUGCGCAAAAGGUUUUGAAUGAUGAACACACUCUGUUGCCAGGUAUCGAUAGCAUGUGUUCAGUUGAAUUUCAGACGGCUUCAGGAACAUGUGUUGAUGUCGUGCACGAGUCUUUGAGUCAUGUCUCAGACUUGAGUGAAGAAUCUAGAUUGGACAGUGUUAGUCUAGUUUCAGAAAGAAAGAAAAAUGAUAACGCAUUUCAGACAGCUUCAGGAAAUGCAGUAAUAAUAUCUGAUUCUGCUCUGAAGCAGACAAAGAAAAUGUUUAAAGAUUUUGAAAACAAUCCUCUUGAGGACAGUAGUUUGCUUCAUAUCCCAUCAGGAAAUAGGAAAAACAUCAAGGAAGAAACACAACACAUAGAGACUAUGUCUAGACUAAAUGAAGGAAAAGAACCUGCAAGUAUUGAUAUAAGCAAGUUGGAAAUUGUGUCUAGUAAUAAUGAGACGACUAGAACGUGUUUAAAGUGGGAUGAAAAUGAAAAUGUACAGGAAAAGAAAGGAGAUUCUUCUUAUUCAGGUCGGUGUUCAGAGAACCAGCGUGUAACAAGAAGAAAAGUGCUAAAGUCUACACCAGAAGCAUAUCACACAGAUCGAUGGAGUGUUACAGGAAAGCAGUUUGAGCCCCUGUACAGUGAUAGUUUAUCAGAAAGGUGCAGCGAGUACUCCCUUGAAAACAUUGUGGGAAGACCAGACCCUGGAUCAGCUUCUUCCAGUUUCAAGACACCUUACAAGAAGUCACCAUUUGUACCAAUGGCUCAGAAACCCACUGACACUUCAGAAGUGAAAAAGACUAAAGCGCCCGUGUUUUGUCCAAAAUCGGCUAUCAAACAUGUCCAGACUAACAGCAGAGUAGUGGGUUCAAGCCCCGUGUCAUUGGGAAAAACCACACCUGUAACAGACACUUCAACCACACUUACAGAAAAACGGCCCAGCAGAGAACUGUACUCUCUUGUGGAAGCAAGGAAGAAGCAAGAGGAGAUCAUUAUGUCAAAGAAGAAGCAGAAAGUGCGGCCAUCUUGUGGAAGAAUGACUGUAAUGAAGUCGAGCUGUUCCAGAUACAAGUACUCGGAUCUUACACUGCAGACUGGCCUCUCGGUGCAAGAGCUGCUUAAUAUGGGCAUCCUUUCUUCUACCAUUAAUAUCUCCAGCAAGACUGCACAAGACUACAGAUUCAACGUGAGACAGUUCUACCCAAACCUUGAGUCACACAUUCUUGUUGGAGAUGGUGCUUUCCUUGUAGCUGAUGAUGAUGGAUUUGCAGGAACCGAAGAGUUCUACAAAGCUUUCUUGACGAUCGAAGGAGUGGACUCGUCCUUUGUGACAGAUAUCUGGGUUACUAAUCACUAUAAAUGGAUUGUGUGGAAGCUGGCAGCAUAUGAGGUGGCUUUUCCCCAGCAGUUUGGAGGAAGAUCCAUCAGCCCUGACUCGGUGAUGCUGCAGCUCAAGUACAGAUAUGACACAGAAAUAGAUAACUGUCACAGGUCUUGUUUAAAAAAAAUAAUCGAAAAGGAUGAUACAGCUUGUAAGAGAUUGAUUCUCUGUGUGUGUGGAAUUGUCACCAUAACUAUAGAAUCAAAUGGAACAAAAGAAGAUGACCAUUCUCAAGAGGUUUUUCUUGAGCUGACAGAUGGCUGGUAUUCUGUCAAGGGAAAGUUGGAUGGGGCACUGUUAGAAAUGGUGGAAAGAAAACAAAUUGUGGUGGGACAAAAACUGUGUAUUAGUGGAGCAGAACUUGGAGGUAGUGAGGAGGCCUGCUCACCCCUUGAGGCACCUUCAUCCCUGUUCUUAAAGCUGUCGAUGAAUUCGACUCGCCCAGCGUCAUGGGAUAGUCGGCUGGGAUACCAGCGAGAUCCACGCCCCCUGUGUGUGGCAGCCUGCUCCCUUCAUCCCAGUGGAGGUAUAGCUGGCUGCAUUGACUCCGUUGUGCUCAGAAUCUAUCCAGUCAUGUAUAUGGAAAAGGUGGAGAACAGCACUCCCAUCUUCCGAACAGCUGAGGCUGAAGAACGGAUUCAGCGCCAGUUUGAUCAGAGCAAAGAGGAAAAGAUGGAAAAAUUGUAUGAAAAGAUUCAGGCUCAGUUUGAACGGGAAGAAACUCAAGAACACAGAAGAGGUAGAAAAAAACUAGGAAAACGGGAUCUAGAAGGCCUUCAGUCUGGGUGUGAGAUAUGGGAAGCAAUGGAAUCAUCACUACACCCAGAAGAACUGCAUAGUUGGUUGAGUGUGGAGCAGCAGCAACUGAUGGAGGAAUUCCAACGCACUCGUCAUGAGCAGAGACAGCAACAGCUGCAGGCCGAUUUCCACAAGGCUUGGGAAGAGGCACAUGGAGAUGAGACCACUAGAAAGGUUACACCUGUUCAGAAGAUUCGUAUUGCUGGGUGUGCCAGAAGAGACAUUGAUUCUAAAAUAACUACUAUAGUGACAAUCUGGAGGCCAACCUCAGACUGGAUGGACAUCAGGGAAGGAAAACGAUACAAGUUCUUUGGCCUUGUUGCUUCAUCUCCAAAGACACGAUUAGUAAGUCACAGUGUUCAUCUGACUGCAUCACGCCAGAGUUGCAUCAAGGAACUGCCUAUAGAUGAAAAUUAUCUUGAUCUUGUGUACGAACCUAGAGAGGUGUGGAAGGUAAGAGAUUUACGAUGUCGGACUCCACCAAAUAAAGAGUUUGAUUUUGUUGGCAUUACAGUGGAUAUUUCCUCUAACAGUGACAAAAAGGUCGACACAGUGUACGUUGCAGACAUAGAUGGAGAUCUCAUGGGCAUUAGAUUCUGGGGUGGCGUUCAGAGUUUUGGUAUGAGUGACCUGCAUGAAGGCAAAAUGUUUGUUGUGAAGAAUCUCGUACUGAAAUGGUCACGUGGUCUGGGUAUUGUAUCUGUGGAUGCCUGCAUUGAAGUGAGCCAUUUCAGUCACACGGGCAGCUCCCAAGAAGAGAGAAAACAACUUGACAAACUGAAAAGUGUUAUUCAGGCUGAGAAGGAGCAGUUUUUGAAGAGAGCUAAAACAAAGCUAAACCACCUUCACGGUUUACAGCAUAUUUUCACUCCAGAAAGAAGAAAUCCAGUUCUAGAGAGUGCCCGGAGGCAGUCUGCAACACCUUGUGUACAGGAAAACAUUGACAUGGAUUUUCUGGACAACCUCCCCCCUGAAUGUAUACAGCGUUUGUUUUCACCCAUGGAUGAGGGCGGUGACACGCAACAUGAAUCCCAUUCAACAUCUCCAAAAAAUGACUUGGUCAAGAAACAAAAGUCUGUCAUUCGCAGCAAGGUGGCCAAGCUCCUGGCUUAUGGAUCUCCUAAACCUCUAUCAUCGUUGAAUUCAGCAAUAUCACCAGCAGCCCUCAACAAGUUUAAACCUCCGUUAAGCCAUGUGAAAAAUUUGUCGUCUGUGCUAAAGUGAUACUGGAUGUCCAGAGAAAUAUAUCAUGUGCUAAACAAUUUAUAUCAUUUGUUUUGCUUUAGAAGACAAUGAAAAUAUUAACAUUAAUGAAGAAUAGUAUAUUGCUCAUAUGUUUUGUUGAGUUUUGUUAUCAGUGAUUUAAAAGUUUAAUAAAACUCAAUAAGU